CCGACGACCAGAUCGAAGAAGAAUAGUUUCCCAGUACACGAAAUAGCUCAAGUAGCGCGGUCGUUCGACGAGCUUUACGGAGUACGAGACGAAGGAGCUUGACGUCCCCUCGAAGUCUGAAUCCCGUAAGAGGUCGCCGUAUCUCUCCCCCACGCCCGAACAACCACCAGACGCACCCGGAGCUUCUUGUCCUUUCCGUACCUCUCGCUCUCCCAAACCCAAGAGCACGACAACGAGUAAGAGGCGGAUUGCCUCCCUUUGAGAUCCUCGACACGCAAAAAGAACAUACACCUCGAACAUGUCCGGAAUCCCCCAGCGCUUCUGGGGUCAACCCAUCACGUACCUGCGGUGGUGCAUGCACGAGAAACCCGCCAUCUUCUGGAGCUGCGUGUUAGGCGCAAUGGGCCCGGCUUCGUUCCUCGUCAUCCCGCCGCUGAGGAGAUGGGCCGGUGACGAGGAUCCUCCCAAGAUUCCUCUGACCUAUCCCGUGCCCACUGGACCUAGAAAGAUACCAGAAGGUUUCGACGAUCCGAAAUGAGUUGUCAUCACGCUUGAAAUGGGAUUGGUAUGGCUACGCUUGUGCUUGAGACCUGGACAGAGUCAAUUUCACACCUAGGGGCCAAGAUAUGUCGGGAGGAACUCGGAAGAAGAGAGACACUUCAUACGAGAAGAGGGGAGAGCUAAGCAGGGGAAUUUUAUUUUAGCGGUUACAAAGAUCAGAAGAAGGAUUUUGACAAGAUCAUCACACUGCAUUACCUGCUGGGUUGUAUAUAUGCUUAUUCGUCUCUCUUCCCCUCGAAAGAAGGAAAAGGAAGAGAGGCGGAACAGAAAGAAGAAAAGACAUACCAGAAAUAAAAAUUCAACGAAACAUGGAAAGCAUUCGAAUGAUAUUGAC